AUGGCUGCUUCUCAUCUUCCGGGUGAGGCACGCUCAGAGCACAGCAGCCACGACACCAUCGUCGACAUGGACACCAAUCCGAACGAGAAGCCCCCUGCUCCCAAGGACGACAAGACGAGCUCCAGCGACGAUGAGAUCGAGCAGGAGCAGAGCGAGGAGAUGGUGCGUCGGCACUCCAUCGUGCGCGAUCUAGCACGGCAGUACACCAACACAUCAGCGCACUUCAAUGGCAGCCACGCAGAUCUCUUCAACGCAGCCGAUGCGGAUUCACCCCUUAACCCGCACAGCGAGAACUUCAACGCCAGGGCGUGGGCCAAGGCCGUGGCUAAGUCGAUGGGUGAGCAUGGCUCUGGGUUCCGACAGAGCGGUAUUUGCUUCCAGGACAUGAACGUCUUUGGAUACGGUGCUGAGACGGAUUACCAAAAGGACGUUGGUAACAUCUGGCUCAGUCUCCCCGGCAUGGUGCGCAACAUCUUCUCCCCCACAGCUGGUAAGCGCCGCAUUGAUAUCCUUCGUGGUUUCGACGGUGUCGUCAACGCCGGAGAAAUGCUCGUUGUUCUUGGCCCCCCUUCAUUGUCCGGCGAGACAAAUGGUAUCUACAUCGACGAGGGCACAUACUUCAACUACAACGGUGUGCCCGCCAAGGAAAUGCACAAGCAUCACAAGGGUGAGACUAUCUACACCGCUGAGGUCGACGUGCAUUUCCCCAUGCUCUCGGUCGGCGACACACUCACCUUUGCCGCGCGUGCGAGAUGUCCCCAGAACUUACCGCCCAACAUCGACCACAACCAGUACAGCGACCACAUGCGCGAUGUCGUCAUGGCCAUGUACGGCAUCAGCCAUACCAUCAACACGCAGGUUGGCGAUAACUACAUUCGCGGUGUUUCAGGAGGUGAACGAAAGCGCGUGACCAUCGCAGAGGCGACACUCUCCAACGCCCCCUUCCAAUGUUGGGAUAACUCGACUCGUGGUUUAGAUUCCGCCAACGCCAUUGAGUUCUGCAAAACUCUGCGCUUGCAAUCUGAACUCUUCGGCCAGACGUGUGCUGUCUCGAUCUAUCAGGCUCCCCAGUCUGCAUACGAUCUCUUCGACAAGGCCCUCGUUCUGUACGAAGGACGCCAGAUCUUCUUUGGUCCUGCGGAUGAAGCGAGGCAGUACUUCAUCAAUCUCGGCUUCGAAUGUCCCGAUCGUCAAACAACGCCUGACUUCCUCACGUCCAUGACCGCACCAUCCGAGCGCGUCAUCCGACCCGGCUUCGAGAACAAGGUCCCCCGCACCCCCGAUGAGUUCGCCGCCCGCUGGAAGGAAUCCCGCGAGUAUCAGAUCAUCCGCGCCGAGAUCGAGACCUACAAGAGUCUCUACCCUCUCAACGGUUCCAGCGCCGAAGCUUUCCGCGAGAACAAAAAGUCAGCCCAAGCUAAAGGCCAACGCCUCAAGUCCCCCUUCACGCUAUCCUACGCGCAGCAAGUCCAACUGUGCCUCUGGCGUGGCUUCAAGCGUCUCAAGGGUUCACCAGAGGUCACGAUCUUCUCCCUCGUGGCAAAUACUGUCACGGCGCUCAUCGCCUCAUCGCUCUUCUACAACAUGCAGCCCACGACGAGCGACUUCUUCAAGCGCGGCGCUGUUCUAUUCCUUGCUGUGCUGAUGAACGCUUUCGCUUCCGCCCUUGAGAUUCUGACGCAGUACUCCCAACGACCCAUCGUUGAGAAACACGCACGCUAUGCCUUCUACCACCCUUCUGCUGAGGCCUUUUCCUCGAUAUUGGUUGAUAUGCCGUAUAAAAUCAGUAAUAGUAUUCUGUUCAAUGUCACUCUUUACUUCAUGACGAACCUUAACAGGGAGGCGGGGGCGUUCUUUUUCUACCUCCUUGUUUCGUUCAUCAUGGUCCUCGCCAUGUCUGGUAUUUUCCGAUCUAUUGCUUCCCUCUCUCGUACUCUCUCACAGGCUAUGGUUCCCGCUUCGCUGCUGAUCCUCGCCCUCGUCAUCUUUGCUGGCUUCGUCAUCCCAACGGACUACAUGCUCGGCUGGUGUCGAUGGAUCAACUACCUCGACCCAGUAGCCUACGCCUUCGAGUCCCUCAUGGUCAACGAAUUCUCCGGUCGCAACUUCACCUGCACUGCUUUCAUACCCAGCAACUCAGUCGCUGGCUAUGAAGACAUCGGCGGUCUCAACCGAGCUUGUUCCACUGUCGGCAGCAUUCCUGGCGACAGCGUCAUCAACGGCGAUCGCUACCUCAACCUUCAGUACAAGUACUACCACGCCCACAAGUGGCGCAACAUCGGUAUCCUCAUCGCCAUGACCAUCUUCAACCACGUCGUCUACAUCGUCGCUACCGAGUACAUCUCCGCCAAGAAGUCAAAGGGUGAAGUUCUCGUCUUCCGUCACGGCCACCUCCCCGCCUCCACCAAGAACAAAUCCGAUCCCGAGGCCGCUGUUUCUGGCCCUGUUCCCACCGCUGAAAAGUUCAACAACGAAGUUGCCAAUAUUCAAGGAUCGACUAGCGUCUUCCACUGGAACAACGUGUGCUACGACAUCAAGAUCAAGAACGAACCACGACGAAUUCUCGACAACGUUGACGGAUGGGUCAAGCCAGGAACGUUAACUGCUCUGAUGGGUGUAUCCGGUGCCGGAAAGACUACUCUUCUCGACUGCCUCGCCGAUCGUAUCUCAAUGGGCGUCAUCACAGGUGAAAUGCUUGUUGACGGCAAGAUCCGCGAUUCAUCGUUCCAGCGAAAGACCGGCUACGUGCAGCAGCAAGAUCUUCAUCUCGAGACCAGCACUGUUCGUGAAGCCCUUACCUUCUCCGCCCUCCUCCGCCAGCCUGCCUCUACCCCCCGCGCCGAGAAGAUCGCCUACGUCGACGAAGUCAUCAAGCUGCUUGACAUGCAAGAGUACGCUGACGCUGUCGUCGGUGUCCUCGGCGAGGGUCUCAACGUUGAACAACGCAAGCGUCUCACCAUUGGCGUUGAGCUUGCGGCCAAGCCUCCCCUGCUCCUCUUCGUCGACGAACCUACUUCCGGUCUUGACUCGCAGACAUCCUGGGCCAUUCUCGACCUCCUCGAGAAGCUCUCCAAGGCAGGCCAGUCUAUUCUCUGUACCAUCCACCAACCGUCUGCUAUGCUCUUCCAACGCUUCGACCGUCUUCUGUUCCUCGCCAAGGGCGGACGCACUAUCUACUUUGGCGACAUCGGUGAAAACUCUGAGACCUUAACCAACUACUUCGUCAAGAACGGUUCUGAUCCUUGUCCCAAGGGCGAUAACCCUGCCGAGUGGAUGCUCGAGGUCAUUGGCGCGGCUCCUGGCUCACACACUGAGAUCGAUUGGCAUCAGACUUGGCGACAGAGCCCUGAGUAUCAGGAGGUUCAGACUGAGCUUCAGCGUCUCAAGGCUGAGGGCAGUGCUCACAAUGAACCCCAUGACACUAACUCUGAGUCGUACCGGGAAUUCGCUGCGCCUUUCUGGGAGCAGCUUCGCAUCGCUAGUCUCCGUGUCUUCCAGCAGUACUGGCGCACUCCUUCAUACAUCUACUCCAAGGCUACUCUGUGUAUCCAAGUUGGUCUCUUCAUCGGUCUUGUCUUCCUCAACGCUCCCCUGUCAAUCCAGGGCUUGCAGAAUCAGAUGUUUGCCAUCUUCCAGGUCUUCACAGUCUUUGGUCAAUUGAUGCCUCACUUCGUCACCCAACGCUCCCUCUACGAAGUCCGCGAACGCCCCUCCAAGACCUACAGCUGGAAGGUCUUUAUGCUCUCCCAAAUCUUCGCCGAGAUUCCUUGGAACAGUCUCAUGUCUGUCUUCCUGUUUGUCUGCCUCUACUACCCCGUCGGCUUCCAGAAGAACGCCGAAGCAGCUGGUCAGACCGCCGAGAGAGGCGCUCUCAUGUGGCUUCUCAUCUGGCAGUUCCUCGUUUUCACGUGUACCUUUGCCCACAUGGCCAUCGCCAUCACCGACACUGCUGAGGCAGGCGGUAACCUUGCCAACGUCGCCUUCAUGAUGUGCCUGUUCUUCUGCGGUAUCUUGGCCUCGCCCAACAACAUGCCCGGCUUCUGGAUCUGGAUGUAUAGAGUAUCGCCGUUUACGUACCUUGCCUCGGCGAUUUUAUCGACUGGUAUGGCCAACACCAAAGUCACUUGUGCUGCCAACGAGUACACAGUUAUGCAGCCCCUCAAUGGCUCAACCUGUGGAGAAUAUCUCCAGAAGUUCGCCGACAAGGCUGGCGGUUACGUCCUCAACCCCGAUGCCACAUCUGACUGCAACUUCUGCUCCGUCAGCGACACCAACACGUUCCUCAAGGCUCUCAGCGCUAGCUACGAUCACCGAUGGAGAGACUUUGGUAUCGGAAUGGUGUACAUUGUCUUCAACAUUGGCGCCGCUCUGUUCUUGUACUGGCUUGUUCGCAUGCCCAAGAACAAGAACAAGAAGAAGCAGGAGUAG